AUGCUCCCCAACCUCAACACCCUCACUUUCCUCCUCCUCCCCUCCCUCGCCCUCUCCUCCCCCCUCCUCACCCGCCAAACCUCCCCCUGCGCCCCAACCUCCUACACCAUCACCAACUACCUGUACACCACGUCCCCCUCCUCCGGCGCAACCGUCCACUUCACAUUCCAAUCGCACUUCCCGGACCCCUCCCUCAUCCAAGACGCCGUGUCGUCGCCGACAUCAUGCGACGCCAAGAGCCCGGACGGCACGAUACCGAACUCGAACGCAUGCACGGCGGACCGGAGGCUGCUUUUUGACUUGCGGGGCCCGCAGGAAAGGGGGGAAUGGCAGGUUUCUCAUUCUUGGAGGUGUGAUGGACAGGAAUGGAUGGCUUCGACGCCGGUUAAGUUCGAGCCAUUGAAUUGCGCGGCGACGGAGGAGGGGGGCUCCAUUUGCUCGAGUCCGGAUGUGGUUGUGACGCCGUUGAAUGUGAGGAGGAUAUGCGGUGGACCGACGUGUCAGUGAAGAGGGUAGCUUCGUGUUGUGGGCAGGGUGGAACGGAUGUGCAUAUUUUCGAAGAAGUCGAGAGUAAGUUUUUUACAUGUUUGAUAUGGCCGUCUCUCAUAUUCAGGUAUCGGGGUUUACGAUUAACUAGAAAGUAUUAGCUAACUAAUUGCGACGUCAAGUAAAUACAAACUACUAAAC